CUCUGCCUUGCCUCGCUCACUGCAUAAUCCUCUUCCUAUUAUUACCCAUCCCUCUCAUGGUGUGUGGGUGAGAAGAAAGCUUAGGAAGCAUGGGAAGAAAGGGAUGAAUAUACACAUUUCUGAACAGACAAAAUAAUUUUGUAUUCAUUUGCAUGUCCUUCCUGAGGGAGGCUGCUGCAAUUGGAAUACUGAGCAGAACUUCAGGAUAAGAUGUGUCAUAUCUCCCCACUCUCUGUAUCUGAAUUUGUGUGUCCAGUUGGGGAAGAAGGUUAGCUGAAUUGAACACAGACACACUAGACCACUUCCCCAGGUCCCCAACUACCAGUUGAAUGUUGUAUUUUGGGUGAAGAUUACAACGCUCUGCUCUGCCUAAAACAAUCACAGUGACAUAUCAAAGAGUUUUAGGUACCCAUUUCAAGUUUAGUUGGUGUCCUCUUAAUCCUAAAAGAAUGAAACUACACUACAUGACCUUGGCCUUCCCCUCUCUUUCUCUCUCUCUCUCUCUCUAAGAUUUCAAUAUUUUAAUCCCUUCUGUAAGUUGUCAACUACAAGUCUACCAACCCAACAAGUCAAACCAACAAACUUACUCCCCAAAGUUUGGUGGGCAGAAGAAAAUAUAGGCAGCAUUCACAUGAACUUAAAUUUCCCUGUGGAAGUUUCAGAUCUCUCUAUCAUAGUUUUUCCUAAAAUUCUUUUCAUUCCCAGUUCUCUAUCUUCCUGUUUUUGUGCUGCCUCUAAUCUUUGGGGGGGAACAUGGACAACCAUCGUAGCCAGCAACAAGCUAAAACAACUCCACUAGAGUCUGAAGAAGUCAGCAGCACUAGGUGGCAGUUUAUAACGAUGACAGCACAGGAGGAAGAUCUCAUCCAUAGAAUGCAUAAGCUGAUUGGAGAUAGGUGGGAUCUGAUAGCAGGCAGAAUUCCAGGGCGUAAACCAGAAGAAAUAGAGAGGUAUUGGAUAAUGACUCACCUUGAAGGGUUUGCAGUGAGAAGAAGAGGGUGAAAAAAGACAGGGGAAUGAAGGGUUUGGAGAGAGAGAGAGAGAGAGAGAGACAUACAGGCAGUGAGGCUCAGUCAAUUAGUCAUCAAAGGCUUCUGAUGGGUUCUCUCCCUUUUUUUAUGGUUUCCCUGCUGAUAAGCAGCUUCUAAUAGCUUUAGUGUGUACUGCAAGUACCCUUUUUAAGAGCAAAUGGUAUGGACCUGAGCAAAUUUUUAUCAAUCAAAUAAAACAUUAAAUUUAUGAUUCUAAAU